CUUUGCCUGUAUGUUCGCGUCUGCCGCACGGCACGAACUUCUCCGUUUGUUCUUUUUCAAGUAGAAAUAAGGCUAAAUCCAAAUCGCCUGCUUUACUGUGUCUGCAUUCGGCUUUCAUCAAUAAUUUAGUCUCCUCAUUUUCUCUGCCGUUUAUUGACAUUUGCCCAUUAUUGCGUGCAAAAACUUGAAUAUGCCAAAUUUUGCAAAUUUAGGCUGUGGUUUCAAGGCCAAGGCGAAAAUCCGGUCUCUACGUUUAAAGAUGGGUGGAACCGAAAGCAAAUCGAUCAAUGGGGAUAAUAAACCAGAUGAAGAUGAGCAGUACCACACUCCCAUUGCUAACCGCAGAGUCAAGACACUGACAGAUCCCCGCUCUCCGACGGAAGAGGUUCAGCGGACUCCGGUACAGAGGGCUGUUGACGAAGACUCUGAGUUUCAAGAUCCACGAUCUCCGGCAGUUGCAAGAACUCCUGUCCCUGAUGACUCGGACCCAAGGUCACCCACUGCAGGGAGAGAACCAGGACCAUUUGUCUUUCCACAACCUUCUGAUGAUCCUAGGUCUCCAACAAAAACAGUGGCUAGAACUCCUCUUACCAAAGAUGCACCAGCAGAAUUAAGCAUCGAGACAGUCACUGUGCAUCAAUCAGAUACCAACGAAUCGUGUGAAAGUAGUACCAGCAAUAAUAACCAAGACAAUGAUGUGAUCCCAAAGUCCGCAUCCGAUAUCGAGCCCUCGGAACCGGGCAUUUUCCAGAUUGAUUCAGAAAAGGAAAACUUAGUCGGAGAAGAUUCGAGCUCUGAGGUGGUGGAGGAGACACAAAAAAGUGAACUUGUAAAGUCAAACACCCCUGAAAAUGAAAUGGAACUGACCAAUAUGAUGGAAAAGCAGACACUAGCCAAUGAGGAGACAGAAGAUCAGGACCAGGCCACUUUGGUUCUGUCCGACAGGGAAAUGAUCUUCCUAGCCGAGGCACCACCAUCAUCAUCAUCUUCCAAAGCCAAGAAACACAGCAUCCGUCGUUCCCUCAAGGAAAAGUUCACCUCCACCAGCCAACGAUCGCCCCUCUCUACCAGGAAUCUCCUCGAAGACUCCCCCGACCCCGCCCGCCGGGUGAACCUCCGCCAGCAAGGAAGCACCGCCACCCAAAGGAUGGGCGUCGCCUACCAGAAGACGGGGGUAAGGCGGACAUUGGCAAAGGGGAACCAAUACACCGUCCAGACCGUAGGGAGGUACCAGCCCGUUCCAGAUAAGGAAAACUUUUAAGUGACCCUGAUAAUACCUUCACUUUCAUCAGACAUUUAUGAUCAGAUCAAAACUCUUAUGGAAAGACACUGUUUGGAUCUGCGUCAGUGUUUAGCGUCAGGUCAGUGCUGUUAUCGAAGUCAAACAUAUUUGUAAUCCAUAAUCAUCAUUUUGAGUGACCGUUGUGGACUUGUGACUAUAUUUACCUGGAUGCAGGUUUUAUGCUAUGUAAAUAUGACUCAAGAAUAUAUGGCCUUUUUGUUAAUGUUGCUCUUCUGGAGAGCACUUUUGUGUACAAUUUUACAGCAGCUAGUUUAUACAUACAUGUAGGUACAUGUACAUGUAGCUGCUGUGAAUGUGUUACAGCCAAAUGAUCAGUUGACUACAGUUUCAUGUCACAGAGUGCCUGCAAUGAUGUUGCGAACAGAAAGCUUUUAUUGCAGACAAUUUAUUGUUGUGCUCACUAAUAAUGUACAUGAACAUGGUGUUGGAAUUUUGACGAACAAUAUCAAGAAAAGGCGAAAAAUGUUAAAUGUUCAUGUAAUGGCUUUCUUGUUGCUUUAAGUCCCUUUACUGGUACACAAUACACAUACAUCUAACUGUCAUCUACUACAAUAUGUACGUUAGUAGCUGUCACUGUCACUGUCACCGUAAGUUGUAACAAUGUCAUGCGUUAAGAAUGUCA